AUGAUUAGACUACAAUCCACAACCUUACAACUAGCCCAAAAGGAUGUUCUAGAUCUAUUUCAAGAACUAGAAGAACGUUCAUUACAACAGAAAAAAUUAAAUAAUAACUAUUUCUCAGAUACUAUCACCCACAAUAAUAUUAACAUUGAUAAUGUACAAACCAAUAAUAGUAAUGAUCGUGUAAAACUAAAUAGUGCUGCUGACACUUCUUCACUUUUAUCCUUUACUUCUCCAUCCGCCAAUAGAUUUCUUUAUUUUAACACCACAAAGAAUAAUAGCACUCAUAACAGCGCAAAAGAUUAA